AUGUCUAAUCUUUCCUCCACAUCUGAAUUUCUGCUCCUGGAACUCUCAAAUGUCCCAGAACUACAGUUUUUGCACUUCUUUGUGUUCCUCGCAGUAUACUUGAUUGCAGUAACUGGCAACCUUAUAAUAAUCCUUUCAGUAGUCCUUGAUCAUCAACUGCACACUCCCAUGUACUUUUUCCUUGUGAACUUGGCCAUUCUGGACCUUGGCUCAGUUUCCGUAGCAAUGCCAAAAUCUAUGGCCAACUCCCUCUUGCAUAGCAGGUCGAUUUCUUAUUCUGGAUGUGUAGCCCAGGUAUUCUUUCUCUUCUUCUUUGGAGGUUCAGACUUUGCCAUCCUCAUGGCAAUGUCCUAUGACCGCUAUGUUGCCAUCUGUAAACCACUGCAAUAUGAAACAAUUAUGCACAGAGGAGUCUGCAUGCAGAUGGCAGGAGGUGCAUGGAUAAGUGGUGUAAUUUAUGGCAUAUUGCAUACGGCUGGCACUUUUGCCAUCACCUUCUGUUCCAAUAUGGUCAAUCAGUUCUUUUGUGAGACCCCACAGUUACUAAAACUUUCCUGCUCUGACCUAUACUUAGUUGAAAUUGGCCUCCUUAUUCUUAGUUUUGUCAUAGUGCUUGGAUGCUUUAUCUUCAUGGUUUUAACGUACAUGGAGAUCAUUACAACAGUGCUCAGAAUCCCUUCUGUGCACGGUAGGAAAAAAGCCCUCUCCACUUGCCUUCCCCACCUCACUGUGGUGUCUCUGCUUGUUUUCACUGGAAUGUUUGCCUAUGUGAGGCCUCCCGGUAACACUUCUUCUGAGAUGAAUGUAAUUUGUGCUGUGAUUUAUGCUAUAUUACCUCCAUUGCUGAAUCCAUUCAUCUAUAGCAUGAGAAACAAAGAAAUCAAGACUGCAUUGCUAAAGCUCACUGAUUUUGGACAUUUUCCCCAAACCAGCUCCAGUAAAAUUCUUCUAGUAAAACCAGGCUGA